AAAACCCCUCCCAGGACCCCCCAAAUCAGCCCAGGGACCCCAAAGCCCCAGGGACCCUCAAAACCCUCCCCAGGGACCCCCAAAUCAGGACCCCCCAGGGACACCCCAGGGUAUCCCAACCCCCCCCCGGGACCCCAAAGAUCCCCAGGGACCCCCAAACCCUCCCAGGGACCCCCAAAUCAGCCCAGGGACCCCAAAGAUCCCCAGGGAUCCCCAAAACCCUCCCUG